AAUUGAUAACUGCUUAUCACAGCGGUCGAUCGGAUGACUAUGUACCAACUGAAGCGCCUAGUGAGAAACCAUUUGUGACCGCGAAAAUAACCACCAAAAAGGAGGAUAUAUAUCCUGAUUACCCUGUAACAGAUGCUUAUGAUGGCCCGCUUGAUGCAACUUAUCGCAUUCCAGAUAUGAAAGGUGAACCGUUUGAACAAUUGAUAACUGCUUAUCACAGCGGUCGAUCGGAUGACUACGUGCCAACUGAAGCGCCUAGUGAGAAACCAUUUGUGACCGCGAAAAUAACCACCAAAAAGGAGGAUAUAUAUCCUGAUUACCCUUUAACAGAAGCUUACGAUGGCCCCAUUGAUGCAACUUAUCGCAUCCCAGAUAUGAAAGAUGAACCGUUUGAACAAUUGAUAACUGCUUAUCACAGCGGUCGAUCGGAUGAAUUCGUACCAAUUGAAGAGAGGAAACCAAGUGAAGCAUUUGCUGAUGCCACUCAAGCAUUAGGAGAUGCUGGUUCCCACGACCGCAUGCUUGCUACUGAUGAUGGGAAGCCUUUGGUUUCUCCUUCAGCACCUGCUUACAAUGACAGUGAAUACCGAAUAUAUCGUCCCCUGGAACCACUCAUCUUGCGUUCAACAUCGGAACAGAAGGCGACUGGAUUUGACGUAUCUAUCACUAGCAGAAGCGCAAGUGGUCGGCCUUUACCGAUCGAUAUUGCGCAUUCUGUGCCAGUAGUUCCAGAAAUGCCUAGAAUUAUGCGCCGUGAUGAUAUUUCAAGGGCCACGCAUUCCGAAAUAGUGUCGGAGCCUUACGAUUUUGAUUAUCACCGCAAAACUCGUGAAGUAGACUACUGGAUCGGACGACAUUCAGAGCGUCAGUCAAAGCCGUGUCAUAAUCUUAACGCUGAUAUCGGUAUCGACUUGGCAUCGGACGCAAGCUGGGAUGAACUUAAUGUAUUCGAGUCCUCUCCGCUGGAAUCAGCUAGCAUACGACAAAGCGUUCGUGAUUUUACAGUACGUCCCGGUAAAAUAAGAGCGCGAAAGGUUUCUCCAACAGCCAAUUUACACUGGACAACGGUUAGUGAAACAACAUCUGUCUCGUACAAAAAACGUAUCUAUAUUGAACGUCGUCGACCACGUCCGGCUUCACCUUCCCAUUUUGCAACCAGUCGACGUCAAUACCGACCACCACCACCACCACCCGAAGUUUCGUCUUAUGCUCAUCACGACAGAGGUAUUUUCAUGAGCAGUACACUGCCUCGAACGUUUGCCGGAGUUGCCAUCGAGGGUGAUUUACGUAUGCAACGCGUUAGAUAUGAAGCCUCAUCUUUGCCAUCUACCUAUUAUUCCAGCACUGAAACAAGAAUAGAGCGUAAUCCGAUUCGCUAUGAUCUACCGCGUCCGUCAUCACCACCACGUUAUGAAUACUGGAUAGGAGAACGUAAUAAAUGGACCGUGGAAGGUUCGCCAAAGCAUUUGUCUGUUACUGAUCAAAAUGGUUAUGAUGAUCAAUAUGUGAGACAUACCAAACAAGAAGCUUUGCAUUAUCAAAAAUCUAACCUUGAGGAAAUACCGAUAAUUUCACUGAUAAACGAUUUACCAAUGAUAGAAGAUGGAGCAGAUGAAUGUUCAUGCGUAACCGUAUUGCCAGCACCAAGAAUUGAAACAAAAGAUUUAACACCUGGUGAACAUUCUCGUCCAACCCGUUCAGCACCAUUACGUCGUGCAAGACAACGUCUCCGUAAUCUGUGCACGAUGUUGUAA